GGGGGCGGGGCAACUCAUCCCGGGGAGGAAGGAGACGGCACCGGCAUUAUUUCUUUAAAAAUCGUCUUUAAAAUGUCCCGUCCCGUUUUGAUAACUGCAGGCAUUGUUUAUUUUACAUUUUUUGCACGUGACCCAGACGUGCGUAAGGAGUGACGUCACUGCUUCUUCUCGGAACGUGUUGGGCUCAAGGUUAUUACGUUGCGGCGGCGUGGACGAGAUGCAGCACGCCUCGUAGACAUGCGCAGCCCCCGCUGCGGCGUCGAGACUGCGUCCGGACAGAGGACGUGAUCGUCGGAUCGAGAGGAAGAGAAGAGGCGGGCGGCGUUACAGGCGGCUGGAGGCGGCGGCGGCGGCGGCGGUGGGGGCGGUGGGGACGGAGCGUGGUGACUUGUGUUCUCCGCCACCAUGGCCAGAGCUCUGCGCAGGCUCAUUCAUCUGGUUCUCUUCUGCCCUCUGUCCAAAGGCCUGCAGAGUCGCCUGCCAUCUGUCAAGGUGAAGUACCUCCUCCUGGCGUGGUUGGGCGUCCUGGUGGCCAGUUGGGUGCUCUACAUGCAAUAUGCUUCCUACUCGGAGCUGUGCCGCGGACACGUUUGCCAGGCCACCAUUUGCGACCACUACAACAGAGGCGUCAUCUCUGGGUCAUCCUGCAAGGCUUUGUGUGAGCAGAAAACGCUGACGCUGCGCCACUGCAUGUCCACCUCCUCGCAACAUCAGGUGUACGCCGGCCAUUGGAAGGAGAGGCCGGUGGUGAUCAAGUGCGGCAUCGAGGAUGGUGCCAAUGCCGACGGUGAUCCGGAUUUGGCAAACCGCCGGAAGAGGAGCCUGUUCGACAAACCCACACGCGGAACCUCCGUGGACGAGUUUAAGGAGAUGUUGCACCACUUCCUUAAGGCUAAUUUCGGGGAGCAGCAGUCCUUGAGCGUGCUGGUGGACAGAAUCAUUUCACUGGCGGAUGUCAACCAAGACGGCAAACUGUCCCUGGCAGAGGCCAAGUCCAUCUGGGCCCUGUUGCGAGUGAACGAGUUCCUCCUAAUGGUGGCGCUGCAGGAGAAGGAGCAUACCACCAAGAUACUGGGCUUCUGCGGGGACCUGUAUGUGACCGAGCCGCUGGGCCACACUUCGCUCUACAGGCUGGAGGUGCCGCCUUACCUGCAGGCUCUGGUGCCUGGGGCCCUGGUGUCCGGGCUGAACCACUGGCUGGCCCCAGCCUGGCCCCGCCGGGCCCGCAUCACCAUCGGCCUGCUUGAGUUCGUGGAGGAGGUCUUCCACGGGCCCUACGGCAGCUUCCUGAUCUGUGACGCCAGCCCGCGCCACGUGGGCUACAAUUCCAAGUACGACUGCAAGAUGGCCGACUUGCGUGCUGUCGCCUCAGAGGCCGCAGUGCGGGCGCACCUGAAGGGGCGACGCUGCGAGACCAACGCCGACUGCACGUACGGCCGCGACUGCACGGGCACCUGCGACCGGCUGGCCAAGCGUUGCAACGCGGACGUGGUGCAGCCCAACCUAGCCAAGGUGUGCGCCCUGCUCCAGGACUUCCUGCUCUUCGGGGCGCCGCCCGAACUGCGCGGCGACCUGGAGCGCCAGCUGCGCACGUGUGUCACCCUCAGCGGGCUGGCCAGUCAGAUGGAGGUGCACCACUCGCUGGUCCUCAACAACCUCAAGACCCUGUUGUGGAAGAAGAUCUCCAACACGCAGUACUCUUGAGGGACUCUGGGAACUCAUACCAUACUGAAUCAGGGCCUGAUUUACUAAAGGUUUGCGCUUGCAAAAAAAUGGCCGAACGUGGAAGCUCAUCUAACCAGGCACACCCGCGAUUGCGUCUGCAAAAUGGGAAAAAUAGCGGCGGAAUUGCUUUUUGCAUUCAGGUAGAAUGAAAAUUAUGGGACAGACGCAAUUACAAACAUUUGGCAUGCGCAAAGUAAUUUAUAAAACCUGAGACCAGUUGCGCUGGCUGCUUUUGCUUAAUAGCGCGUCUGCUUAACGAUGACUGCGGUCAUCGUGGCAAGGAGAUGGUGGUGCAGGUCAAAUGAGAGGCUCGUGUUUUUGAAAAGCCGGAAACAAAAAUGAUCCAGAAAUGCAAUUUUGGAGCUUCUGGUUCCAGUUCUUCCUUCAUUGAGUCAAUUCAGCGGACGGUGAAACUUGGUCCUGGCGUCUCCUGGAGCAAUUUUUUUUAUUUUUGUCAGAUGUGCUGUCCCAAGUUUUGAGAGCAAUGUUACUCAGGAUGAGCACAGACAUGCAGUUGCUACACUCUUAAUGAGUUGAAUCAAACAAAACAUGGCUUUCAUGUGGUUGCUGCAGUGUUAAUAGAUUUAUUUUCUGUAACCUAGUAAUAUGCUCGUCUCAUCCACUAACACUUCCAAUUCCAACUUCAUUUUGCGCUUGCGUUGCACUCUCAAAUUUUCCACGGUGAAAACCAUCAGCGCUAGACUACAGUGCAAAUUCCUCAUUUAAAUAGGGAAGUCUCCACCACCUUUGCAACUGUUGCCGAUUGCGUCGCAUUGUUAGCAGAUCACGUGCAACACGCCCACAAACAAUGUGCAAUCAGUUAGCGCGAACAAACAUUUUAGCAUCCGCUAUUUGGGAUCUUAGUACAUCAGGCCCUUCGGACUUGAGGAUACCGGUGUUACGAUAUGUGUAGUCAAGUAAGUACAAAGACUGACGAAACCUGUAAAUAUUCAAAAUGUUCAACGGGGAAGUGCUGUAAAAUGGGAUGGAAAAAUGGAACUUGCCCACCGUCCCAAUUAAAGUUUUGCACAGUGGAACGUCUAAAACUGUUUGUGCCAAGGCACAUAUUUUAGAUUUAAAAAAAAAAAAGAAAAAGAAAAAAAAAAAAAACCCUCACAACACCCCAACAAAAAUGACUGAAUACUGAAAUAAUGAUCUCAUCUCAAUUUACAAAUGUACUGUGAAAUCUGUUGACUUGAAUAGCUUUAUACGUGUGUAUGAAUGGCAGCAUGUGGGUACACGGGUUCAUUGUACUUGCUGCCAUCUAGUGCAAGAGCAUUUAAUCGUUCUGUCUUUCAUUAUGCGUCGCUGGCAUAGAUAGAUGAUCAAAGACAUUGUAGUAAGAAAAAUGAUAAUGAAAGUAAAACGGGGCGAAAAAAGUGCGUCACACCUGAAAAUUGAAGCCGGCGCACCCGGAGAAAACCCACGCCGGCACGGGGAGAACAUGCAAACUCCAUUUCAACCCAAGUUCUCAGAAUUGUGAGGCAGAUGUGCGAACCAGUCACCCAUCUUGCCGCUAAAAUAUUUUUCAUUUUAUUCAUUGUUAUAUCAACAUAGAUUCCCUUAUGGUUACACUUGAUCAACAAUGAACGUAAGCAAUGCGAUGCGCUAGUUGCGUUGCCGCAAAUGUGUUUUACUGUUUUUUUGUGUUAGUAUUAACGGUGGUUAACUUAUUUUGUUUCCACUUGAGUGAUCAUGCAAAACAUAAACAAAUGUUUCAGUUUUAUUAACAACCUUGGCUAACUUGUUUUUACACAUUCGUGACAAGUACUAAACAAAUGAAAGAUUUGUGAGUUCCAAAUACGUUUCUUUAUUUUGCUGUUUUAAUGUUGACUGUUUUACUUAUUUUUACAUUCGGGAGACAAAGAAUGUUAAAAAAAAAAUAGACAUUGUUUUUAUGUUGUAAUGUUAACAGCGGUGAACAUAUUUUUACACUAGCUGACAAUUAAGAAUGUUAAAAAGUGAUUUUGAACUUUGCCUAUGCAGAUAAAUGUUCAAAGAUAGAGACAAUUUGACCUAUUUUUUUUCCCCAUUAUU